AUGGCGUUUUCAGGGCUCACUAUUUCUGGUGGUAAAGGAAAUUCAUUCUUCAAAUUCAAUCACUCUUCAUUUUCUUCCACUCGUCUUCCCUCAAAUUUGAGGCCCUUCAACUCUUUCUCAUCCAAUGGUCUUUUACCCAGAGAUUACUUGUCAAAGGACAUGUUUUGCCGCCGAACUCGUUCUUCCGUUGUUUGUAUGGCCGGAAAAGGUUCCAGUAAGAAAAAGUCUAAGGUUAUCAGGCUUGUCUCAACGGCUGGAACUGGAUUCUUUUAUGCCAUAAAGAAAAGCAAGAAGCAGGAAAAGCUUGAGCUGAAGAAGUAUGAUCCAAAGGUUAAGCGCCAUGUUGUGUUCAAAGAAUCUAAAUAA